UCGACUGACAGAGAUUUGCCUGAUAACAUUGGGAUAAAAGCUCACAAACAUCCUUUUUUACUGCACAAAGCAGUGCUGCUGUCAGAGGAGGACUUUUUGCCGUUAGUGGACGUGUGGCAGAUUCUGAGGCAUUGAAGGAGUUUUACAAUGGAACUGUUCAAUUCUGCUUUAGGAAGAAACAUAACUUUUGUGCGUCCUGCGUAUUUUAUAAUAAACGGAUUUAUCGACUUACCCAAUAUGAACUACUACUACAUCUUCCUCUUUUUUCUGUACAUAAUAUCUGUGUUGGGGAACACAGCUGUAAUGGUUAUAAUAUAUCUAGAUCAUAAUCUAAGAACCCCAAAGUAUGUUGCCGUUUUUAACCUUGCAUUUGUGGACCUGUUAGGCAGCACGGCUUUGGUACCAAAGGUGAUUGAUAUCUUUCUCUUUAACCAUAAAUUAAUUCCCUACAAUGACUGCUUGACGUUCCUUUUUUUCUGCUACACUUGCCUUUCAAUGCAGUCUUUUAACCUGGUUGCUCUCUCCUAUGACCGACUAGUUGCCAUCAUAUUUCCUCUUCGCUAUCAGGUGAAAGUAACCUAUAGGUCUAUGUUUUCUUUGAUUGCGUCUUUCUGGAUCUUUGCAAUAAUUGCUGUCUUAAUUGCAGUCUGUCUUCUUACAAGACUUUCCAUUUGUAAGUCUUUGGUUAUCAAUAGCUAUUUCUGUGACCACGGUCAGAUCUACCGCCUUGCUUGUAAUGAUAAUUUUCCAAAUAAUGUGAUUGGACUUUUUUAUCCUGUUGUUAUUUUCUGGCUUCCACUGGUGUUUAUCCUUUUAAGUUACUUAUAUAUUAGUUAUACUUUGGUUAAGGUGGCAACGUUUCAACAGGGAAUCAAAGCCUUUAAGACAUGUAUAGCUCAUCUUUCAUUAGUGGUUGUGUAUUUUACUCCACUGUUGAUUACAUUCACAUUGAUGGAAAAAAUACAUCCCAACAACAGGAUUAUAAACUUGUCUUUGACCUCUGUGCUGCCGCCUAUGCUGAAUCCGAUCAUUUAUGUUCUGCAGACACAGGAAAUCAAAGUAUCGAUGAAAAAGUUAUUUAAAAUUCUUUUUAAAUCAAAAAUAUUUAAAAUCUCUACAACAAUGUGACCUGACUAUUUAAAAAACAAAUAAUCCUGGUGAUUUAAAAAAACAUUGUAACGAAUCGUAUUAGUCAUUUCUAGAUCUUUCUAAUUAUUAUGUUUGUUUAAAAUGCUAAUUACAAACAUGAUAUAUUCAAACAAAUAAUUGUUUAACAUUUUUUGUACUAAACCUUUAAUUUUUCCCUUUAGGGUAAGGGUUACUAGAAAACAAGAGGAAACAAGAGUAGAAUUUUUUUUUUUUUUCCCACUAAACGUUGGUGAAGAUUCUCAAUCA